AUGCCAUCCCUAACGAGCCCAGUGGAAGACCGUGUUAUUCACGACGAGCACGACUGCAUGACGGACGAUGACUCUGAUUUCGACUUUGACGAGGAAUACUUUGCCCGUACCUAUCAACCCCUGUCGAACCUCCCCACACCGCCCCCCUCGUCCCGCAAUUCGUCAGUCCCACAGAGCCCCCAAUCACUCGUGGAAAAUGGAGGACUUCUCGACUCGGAACUGCUAGGCCCUGCAAUUCACUUGGUCAACCUCAUCCCACCUGCUGCAUCCUUGGCGUUGCCUUCUGUGUCCCUUGUCCACGAGUUGCUCAGGCGCACAGGCUUGAAGCUGGACGAGAUCGCUCUCGCCGUCUGUGUCCUAGACUCAAUCAGCUCCAAGUUCGCGCUGAACUGGCGCUUGCGCUGUCCACCCUCUCGCCGCGAAGGUUCCACCACCAGCAACGAGCAACAGCAACAGUCAAAGCGAUACACCCUUCCGGCAGCCGCCAGUCAACUCCAUAUCGACUGCGUCAAGCCCGAAGUCAUUGUUCUGGGUGCGCUUAUCAUCGCCGUCAAGUUCCUGGAGGAUUCCCACGCGCCAACCCAGUACUACCGCUCCGCAUGGGGUAACAACCUGUGGACGUGCGAGCAGAUCAACAUUACGGAACGCUGCAUCAUGGAGGACCUGAACUACAGAAUCCUUCCCCUAUGGGAUGAGCGCUUGAUCGGGGAUGCAUUGAAAGAUAUGGAGCGCGCCGGAAGGCAGGCUCUGCUCCCUCUUCCCCCUGCGGCGGUGGCGGCGCAAUCCCAAUAUCAAUUUCAAUCUCUGAAAGAACAGCACAAGCGAUGUGUAAGCUCAGGCGCGGCUGUCUAUAGGCCGGGGUUGCAACUGACACCGGCGGGAACGCCGCUGUCUGAAUACAACUCACCACCGCCAUUCAGUAUGGACAUGCAAUGA